AUGAUAGACAUUCUUCAAACAAUUCACAACAAAUAUCUACCUGUAAGCACCCGUACGAAAAGUUACAGCCUGACUGAGCAAGAUUCUGGCCAGAAUCUGGCCAUAAACCAAUUAAAGCAGCAGAAAUUGAGCGAGACGCAACCAGACAUUGGUUUUGUCUCGCUGCCCGUUAUGAAUGAGACAUUUGUAUCACCUGUUUAUGGCUGCAAAUUUGGCUUGAAUGAGCAUAACAUCGCAAGACAAAUUGUCUUGCUCAAACGAGACAAUUGUCACGCUGCUUUUACAGCGAAACAUGGACGAUAA